AUGGCUUUUAAUGAUUACUACAAACAGACCCCAAUCAUUCUAGAAAGGAUUGUGGACUUAGAUUCCCUAAAGGGUACCUUCAUUCCAGAUGUGUUCAAAGAAAGGACAUGGACAAAGUUGCUUAAUCUGAUGGGUGAUGUUUUUGAAGAUAUCAUUCGAGAAUUCUUUGCAAAUGCCAUUGUGGAAAGUGAUCACAUCAACUAUUGGCUAAAGGGGAGAGAGUUCUCAAUCACAAGGGAAUCAAUAGAUGAUGCUGAUGAAGAAGGAGGAGACACUGAAAAGGAAAUUGAGCAUUUCACUUCAGUUCUAGAGGACACUACACAACAUUCAUCCCAAACGCGUGCGAGAGCACCCAAUCGCCUUGAUCAUCUAAUUGGAAGGGACGAAGAGAUGCAUUGCAUAUUAUCAAUAGCUUUAAAUAAAGAGGAUUUUGACAAAGCAAAACCCAAAUUCAUGGAAAACAAGUCCGGCGAAUUCGCAAUCACAAGAAUGGCAAGACAUUUUCGGCCAGCUCAUUACUUACUAAAAAUACAGUCAUACUCUUUACUGUGUGAGACUGGGGUUGAAAAGUAUGACUCUGGUGUAUUUGAAGUUGGCGGCCACAAAUGGAGGUUGUCUCUCUAUCCAAAAGGAAAUGAGAAAAUGAAUGGGGCUGGUCACAUCUCCAUUUAUUUGUCAAUUGUUGAUACAGAAAAAUCUCCUCUGGGAUGGGAGGUUAAUGCCAGCUUCAAAUUGUUUGUGUAUGAUCAGAUACGGGACAAGUUCUUGACCAUUCAAGAUGUUGAAGGGGCAAUUAGAAGAUUUCAUGACAUAAAGACUGAAUGGGUUUCGACAAAUUUCUCCCUCUUGAUUCUUUCAAUGUUAUUUCAAAUGGAUACCUUGUCAAUGAUUGUUGUGUAUUUGGUGUGGAGAUUUUUGUUCAUGAACGUAGUGCAAAACGAGAGUGUCUUACCAUGAUAAAAGAACCUCCCAAUCGAAUUAUGACUUGAAAGAUUGAAAACUUUUCGCAAAAGGAUAGAGUAUUAUAUGCUUCUCAAGUAUAUGUUGUUGGAGAAUUAAAAUG